AUGAUAUACUGGGGCCAAGGCGGUAAAUCGGAAAAGCCUUUGGAGUUUUACUGCAAACAAGAGGGUAUUAGUGGUAUCGUUUUGGCAUUCAUUGCUGAUUACGUUGGCGGCAAGGGUAAAUCGCCGGUGCUCGAUCUGUCGUCCCAGUGCAAGUCUGAAAGUGAUUGCUCCAACGUCGCAAAAGAUAUCAAACAAUGCCAAGACAAAGGCAUCAAAGUCAUCCUGUCACUGGGGGGCGCCUCUGGUCCGUACCGUAAACAGAAAUUCGAUCCAGACUUGUUAGCUUGGUGGUUAUGGAACAUGUUUUUGGGUGGAGACGAUGACAGCGUAACACGACCGUUUGGUGAUGUUGUAUUGGAUGGUGUUGAUUUUGAUCCUGAAGCGGCGGACUCAAAAGGAUACGAUCGACUGAUACAUGCUUUGCGACAGUUAUACAAACUGUAUCCACCACGAAAGUUUCUGAUCACUGCCGCACCUCAAUGUCCGGAUAUCGAAGAUUAUGAGGACAACGCAAUGUACAGCAUCCUGUAUCCAAAUCGCAAAUAUGACGCAUAUCCCGACCUGGUUUUUGUUCAGUUUUACAACAACGACUGUUCGGCUUCGGCGUUCAAAGAAAAAACUUCGACUCGCUUCAAUUUUGAUGCCUGGGAUAAAUGGGCAACGGAGAAGACCAAAGGAAAAUCCAAGAUCUUCCUAGGGCUCAUCGCCAAGAGCACCAAGGAGGACAGUGGUUACGUACCCUACGAAAAGCUUACGUCCAUCCUUGACGAAGUACAUUCAACAAAGAAUUUUGGCGGUGUGAUGAUGUGGGAUGCUCGACUUGCCUACGACAAUCGAGUCAGCUAUUUGCAUGGCACAGACUAUGCUACCGCCGUGUCCAAGUAUCUUCGACAAUUGACAGCUGGCGGUUCGAAAGCUGCUAUUGGCGCUUUCAACGCAUUGGGAUCGCCGGAGAACCAUCAUACACCCGUCCUCGUACCUAUCAGCAACCUAACCAACUCUAUUCCGGAUGUGCUUGGAUGUUCAGGACAGGCAUUUGUCCUUUUACGACAUGUGACUUGUCGAACACUUGCCGAGAGCUUUGGAAUGUCUGGCGACGAUAUAGACAGACACCUAGUCAACAUUGGCAUUGACGUCAAUGCCCUUUUAAAUCCAGGGUCUCACAUCUGUAUGGAAGUCCCACCGGAAGAGGAGAAUAAUUAUGGCCGUACUAUGGUUUUAAGCUACGUCUAUAAUGCUACCAUUUCUGACAGCUGGAAGAUGGGAACAACGAUGGUCAGAAAUAUCUAA